AGCCGACAUAACGAACUCUCGUACUAGUUACGUGACCUGCAGCCUUUGUGUGAAAUUCGCACCAACCUAUGUACCAUGCUUUAGGACUGACAGUAUGACGUCGGACUCGGUUUGCAUCCACGAAGAGUGGACCCUUCGUGGAUACGUAGGCUCGAUUGGUAUAAAGAACAGAAUUUAAAUUCGUCACCUUCAUACGUUUCCCCAUUAUCAGUUUGAUUAAACCUACACACUAUAUUUCAGCAUUUACUCACUUGAACUUUAUUCAUCCCCAUAUCACCAUGUCUUCAGCCGGAAAGUCCUUCGGAACCCAGUCACCACCACUUGAAGCCACACCCGGUCAGGAGGAACCAAUGGGCGUGUCAAACAUUAGAGGUGAUAAACCAGCCGCGGUAUCGGACAAGGAACAGAGACAAGAAUACUUCAAGGACGAUCAGGUGAACGACAGACAGCCUGAGGAAGAUGUGUCCGAGAAGUCUACAGCUCAUGUGAGUCGCAAUAGUCCAAGUCGCCACUUCUAUAGUCAGACUGAAGCCGUAGUCUCUAGCCAGAGAAACUGAAGACAGACUGAGGAGAUGCAUCGUUCGCAGAGUAUCAUGAUUGGACGCUGUUUUGUUGUAUCAAUAGGACUUAUAUUGCACGUACCUUUUUAACAGAGGUUUAAUAGUCCGUAAUAUGUAGUGUGA